GGUCGAGUUGCAAAUAAAAUAAUUAUUUUUAAAAUCAUUGGUGUCUGAAGUCCAUCGCACAGACACCAACUACUUUGACCUUUAAUAACUUUUGAAUGGGCAAACAUAGAGAUUUAAUUCUGAAAGAUGAAAUCAUCGUAAUUUUUUGAUUGAUUUUUUAAGCUAAAAAUCUCGAGGGUAUUAUGUCUAAUAGUAAACUUGAAAUUUCCAAUGUGCAGCCUUUAUUUAGCCCGAGUCAGGCGUUGCGGUUGUCGGUCAAAACGACCAUUGACUGGUGGAGUGGCAUAUUUUUGAAAAAUCUGUAUGGAUUAGUCCCUACGGUCUCACCCGUUGUCAAAAUUUCAAUUUCCUACGACAAAUUUGGGACUUUUCUAUGACAUUUGAAAUUUUUUCAGUCCCUAACCACUUAAAAGACCCCCACCGACCUAACCGAUCAUGCCCAUCUUUGAACUCAUCCUUACUUUUGACCCGAAGAUGAACUUCGCAAAAUUUCGGGCGCUAUCUUGUGCUUAAAGAGAGUUAUCGUGCACACAGACAGGCAUCUUGAAAAAUAUAUAAGCCCAUCUGAAAAGGCCUAAAAAUUAGAUUUCCCAUUGUAAUAUAACCCAUGUAUUACAUAUAUUUUAGCAACUUUUAUUUUUUGAAAUCUGCAGUGCAGACCAGUGUUCACUCUCUGCCCGGACUGCUGAACCUCUGAUCGGACCAGCAGGUUGAGAAGUCCGAGCAGAGAGUGAAGGCUGGUGCAGACUCCAUUGGUCCGAGUCAGGGAUUCUGUCCCUGACUCGGUGAGUCCGAGCUCACUUCUAUUUUCUUCGAAUUCACCGACAUAAUAAUAUUACCAACCUCUGUGGUGCGGAUGGUUAAAUGUUUAUUAGAUAUUUUCUAUUAUUUGGUAUUCUAUAUAACUUCAUAUUCUUUAAUGAGAAGCCAUAAAGCAUCACCGUGCCGGAUUUCAUGUUUUUAAAGCAAUUUCUAGUCGGCGUGGGUCACCUCAUAGGGUCCCUCAAGAUAAAAAUUCUACCAAUGUCAUUUCAUAUUCUUCCAUUAGGACAAAUAAGCAAAAGCAACAUGUCUACCAAAUUUCAGCCCGAUAUGACCAUUUUGAAAAACCAGUAUGGGUCACUCUAUAGGGUCCCUCAAGAUGAAAAUUUUUCCAACUUAAAUUCAUUUUUUUCUAUUAGAAGUCAUUAGCUACCUCUGUACCAAAUUUCGGUUUUCUACGACAAGUUUGAAAUUUCGAAAUUUUACCCCACCUACUCACAUGACCCUCACCGGUCAACCACUUGACCGAUUUCGUCCGUCUUCGAACUCGUUUCCUAACUUGUCCAAUAUGUACACACAUGGUAAAAAUUUAACUCGUUAAAGAGUUAUCGAAAGACAGACGGACGGACGGACAUGACGUUUCCAUAAGCCCUGCCUCGGGCUAAUAAAAAUGUAAAUUUAUUUUGUAACUCGGCCAUUUGUCGUAACCUUAUAGACUGAUAAAGUGUCAAAUAAUCUUGCCCUAAAAUUCACUAGCGAUUUGUUAAGAAAAAUUGUCCAUCUAUUGCAACUGACUUCGAGGUAGACACUGCUUGACCAUGGACAGUUUUACCAAUCCAAUCGAAGAUUUCAUCCCUCCCAGGGAAAUACCCCGGCGACGACUCAUCCACAGCGGAAUUGCGCAACAAAAAUUUCGUCGGGCAGUACUGGAAGCGGCGGCAGAAAUAUCUGCAGAGUUCUCGGUAGAAACUUUACUACUAACGCAUCGUUUGCACACGUUUUUACUUUAUUUAUUGCGUGGCAUUUAGGAACACUAUUGGAAAGACAUUGUAAAUAAGAACAAGGCUGAGCGAGGUCAACCCACCCCACUUCCUCCACCUUCUUCGAAUCAAUCGCUGAAACAAAGAUUUGUAUUUUACCUGAAUGCCAGCGGACGAUAUUUGGUUCUGAGGGAGCAUUUGCGUCGAGCAGUGUCUCACAUUGUGCAGCAAAGAUGCCUCAAUCUAAGACCUUCCGGUUUUCAAUCGCAUCGGGAUUUUCAGGCGAGUUGGAUUUCGUCAAAAAAAGGCCAAAAAAGGUGCAUACAUAAUUCCUAAAUUCAUCCCUAAAUAUUUGCAGACCCUUCUGCACGACAUGUACAAUUACCUCAUCGACGAAGUGCAUGAGACCCUGAACAGGACACAACUUCAAGAAGGCGACCCACUUGAACCUGCUCCACCCAAGCUAACCUGCAACCCAUCAGCAGAACCACCUUCCUCGCAGAAGGAAUUGGGCACAAAAGUAUGCUAUUUACAACAUUUAUGUGUUAAAAUCAAUAACGCAAGAGUCUCACAUCUAUGUAAUUUAGACGCUUCUUCGUCAACUCCUUUUCUACGCGGAGGAAUCCUUUGUUCAAGGAGAUUUCGACAACUGCCACAAAAUUCACCUCUCAAGGAUCUGUCGAAGUCGGGAAGAUUCGAAUUGUUGGUUAGACUUUGCUCUGAUGUGGCUGACUCGAGGGGACGAUAGGAUGGCGGAGAUUGCGGUGAGAGAAGCCUUGCGACGGGAUCCGACAUCAAUAUUUGCUCUCGUCAUUGGGGGAAUUAUUGCGGCUCGGCACAAGGACACAAGGUAGACACGUCCGCUUUAUUUGUAUGCAUGGGGCUUUGAUGUAGUGAAAUUAAUUGGGAAAUUAUUUUUGCAGAGGAGUUGCCGUCCUUGCUGCUGCCCUUGAAAUGAAACCUUUGAGUCCCGAACUUCUCGUGAUUCUUGCAUUGGCACACAUUGCCAUUGGCGCGGAGGAAGACAGUGACUACUUUUUCAGAAAGGCUGCUUACCUGCAUCGCACGUUGACCGGACAAUCGACUCAAGGGUUGGACGAGCUGCUCACGAAAUUGUCUAAAUCUGUGGGGUUAGUCGAAUCUGUAACGGAUAUAUUGCGAGCGGAAAUGUUGUACCCACCCAAAAAACAAGAAUUGGAAGAGAUUGAAGUACAAGAGGAAUUGUACCAACCAGAACCCGAACCUGUUCCUAUUCCUGUUCGCCCAAGUGCCAGAUUUUCUAUCCGUGACCCCAACUCGCCUCCCAUCGCUAACGAGAGGAAAUCCAUUGCUCCAUCCAAGAAGAAAUCACUACUUCCCAGAAUGUCCAUUGCACCAACGGACGCUGGCGAUUUUGAAAUCGUUAUUGAUCCACCCUCCGCCAGAACAUCAGAGAAGAGGAGGUCUUCAGAUAUGCAAAAGAAAUCCAUCUUGGAGAAAGCCACAAAAAAUUCAACUAUCCCAGAAGUUAUCAUACCGGAAAUUGUGGAGCAAGUUGACGAACCAGGAAUUAUUGAAGUGGCGAAAGUUGAGGAAGAAUUUUACACCCGGAAAGUUUCACUUUCGAGGGAAGAGCCCCCAAAAGCUGAACCUCUGCCACACCCAAAACAACCAAAGUUUGAUUUUAUCCCCGACCUGUCCGACCUUAUUGUUGAUGACUCGAUUCUUCCUCCUCUCCGACCCUCAAUUUUUGUCCCGUGGAAUGUGACCGAAUAUUCGAACAGAUUGAGGGACCUAAUUUCCCAGAGUGGUGCAGAUGAUAAGGACAAGGCCGAUCUGGCUGAGGAUUUAGUUGACGAAGAAGAAGAAAGUGUUGCUGGAGUUGCACCCUUAAACGUGAUCAAGGCCGAAUAUGACCAACUUGUCAAAGACAAUAUGGAAUCGACACCCUCGUCGACAAAAUUGACUUCUAAUGGGUCCAAGAAAAAGCUUCAUGGUUCUGAGAAUGACAUUGUUGGUUCGCAAGCAUCCAAAAGUGAACUACGCCACAAGUCGUCAUCUACUACAACCACCAUGGGGAAAAAGUCAGAAUAUGAAAUUUUGGAGAUAAAACAUGUCGACAACAACAAGAAGGAUGGUCAAGAUAUAGUAGUCAACGAAUUAUUCCUUGCUCAGAAGCAGGACGGGAUAUUGCCACCAUCGCAGUCAGUUGUGGAGGACGGUGUGGGAGGAAGUGGUGACUCGCCUCCAGUUUUCGUGAACCGUUUAGGAUCUGAAUUGAUUUGGGCUGGACAAUUGCUCCUCCAGUUGAGAAUGUUUGAUGUGAGAUCUAAUUAUGUAUACUCACGUAAAAAUAGGCGACGUUCUGAAAUGGAAAAUUAUGUGCAUGUUUUUGAACUAGAUGUUGGAUGGAGUUUUGACCCGAGAAUUGUACAUAACAGGAAAACGGUCUAUCCAGUUCUUGUACCUUCGAGCCAUGUCAUUCUACCUGCGAAGAUGUCAACGAGAAGCAAUUCCCGUAAUUGACGAAGCUCUUGCCUUGGAUCCUGAGGUUACUUUCUUGUUAUCAGUCUUAAGCAUUGUUGCGUGGUGCAAAAAUACAUAAAUGUGUGCAUGUAUUAGAACCCUGUUCUCUGGAUUCUACGAGGUCACUGUUUUUAUGAACUUCAAGAGAUUACAGAUGCUCUCACCAAUUACGAGACUGCACUACGUAUGCCAGUUGGAAAAGAAAAUCGUCACCUGCUCUACCUCAGAUUUGGCUCCUUGGCUUUGGACAGCAACAACUACGAUACUGCGAAGAGAGUCUUCCUCUAUGGGAUUCAAAAAUAUCCAACGCCAUACUUGUGGCUAGCAAUUGGAAAUACGUGCUACACAAUGGGAAAUUAUGACGAGGCCGAAGCCGCAUUUGCCGAGGCGAACCGUUUGGACAACACCAAUCCUAUAACUUGGGCGCAUUUGGCUCUUAUUAAUUUAGCAUGUGAUCGCCAAGCGUUGGCUGAACAGUCAUAUAAAUGGGCGAUGAGGGUAACAACUCAAUAAUUGUUUAGUUCAGACAAAAAUUAAGUUAAAUACAAAUUAAAAUCUCUCCUCAGUUUGGCUUAAAGAAAGGAAAAGUACUCGAAGAGAUUCGAAAAUUACAAAUCGAGAAGGGAUUCGGAGACCCGAGUUUUCCCCGGAUACCAACCUGCAUCCCUCAUGAUUAUUAUGUACGACGCCUCGGCCGACAAAAACCGUUCGACAUUUAUCGGGACGCUCUACUCCACGAGACUCCAGCCAUGGGACGGAAACGCUUUGACAAUACCGAACGUGAAAACGCAUUACGUGAUAAACUCAGACAGUCCGUGCCCAGUGUGCAGAAAGAGGGUCAAGCUGGUGUCCCGGAAACGGCUGAAUCUGAGCUACCAAUAACCACUGCAGGACCACCCACCGAUACGGAAGACAUUCUCACGACCCCAGAACGGAAAAGUGCUGUCGUAGCUACGCUAGCAGAGUUGGAUUUGUCCACUGCAGGAGCAGAACCGGAAACUGCCAAUAACCCUGUUGACAGUGACGCUGACCCAACAACCCCACCAGCACAUCAUCGCGAGUCUAAAAAGACUACUCAUCAUAUAACACAUUCAAGGAACAAAAAGAUUGGCGGAACUGCAGCAGCAGCAGCAACCGGACGAGGGUCUACAAAUACGAAUAUCGGUCCUCAAGGCCAGAGACGAAGGUCCUCUACGACCGGAAGUGGUGGCCAUUCUCGAGAACCUUCGUCAGGAGUGAACGUGAGAUCGUCACAGGCUCAAAGUCAACUGGCUAAUAAAUCAAAGUCAAAGGUAAAGACAAAUUCCAAAUCGCAAGUUGACUACAAUUUGUCCUCAGAAGGAGGCAAACCUUAGUAAUCUAGAUAUUACAGCUACUUACAUAAUUAUAUAUAUCAGCUUUUAUAAAGGUAUUUUUAGAUUUAUAAGAUCGUAAUUUAUUUCGGCUAAAGAUAUGAGAUUGUCAAGCUAAAACACAAGAUAAAAAUAUAAAAUCUCGACCUUAUAUCCGAUUAGUGUCAAAA